CAACCCGACAUUCCCUCUACGGCAACUUCGUCCUGCUGAAUGUGUUGACCUGAUAUCCAAAUACAUGACAAUGAAGGAAGCAGACGGAGUCCAAAUCGAUUAUUCAACGGUUGGCACAGAGAUCAAGCAUAAGGCAUUGAAAAUCUUUCGCCGAUGGAAGAAUGGCGAAUUCGUCACCGAUCAGGAAUUGCAUUGGAUGUCAUGCGGGCUAUCAUCCAUAUGGGAUCUCACCGAUAGUGAAUUGGCGCAGGAAUUUCUGGAGUGCAGCAAGGAGGACUUUGGGCGAGUCACAAAGUUUUUCAUAACAAAAUACAGAUCCAUACAAUACCAGCCUCCGGCCAUAUUCAGUCAAACAUUUGAUAUCGUUGCCUCACUCAUUGACAAGGAGAAUGACACGCGCAAGGCGAUUGAAUACAUCCAAGAUGUUAGAACAAGAUGUGCUGAAGUGCAAAAGCUGCUACAAGUCAUCCCAGUUGUUAUUCACAUCGUCGAAUCCAAUCGUUUCUUGCUUAAAAAUGAUAAUGUUGAUCGCAUUACGGAGAAGCGUACAUACAGCGAAGCAUGUGUCGGCUUCAAAGUGGAUCUUCGACUGUUAUACGAUUCACGCCAAAACGAGCACGAUCUGCUUUCUAUGGAGGUCACCAAGGACGGUUCUGCCUCCAAGCUUUGUAAAGAUGUAUGCAAAUUAAUGCGCGAAGCAAAGGACAACCUUGAUGAUACGUUCCAGGAUCUAUUGAAAAGCAAAGCCUCAUCUCUUCCCUCUGCUUGGUACAUGCAAGCCAACGGAUUGCACGCUCAUCUUGGUUCCAUCCAUCUCGCAAAACCUGGACUUUACUUGGCAAGGCAUGAAGGCAAACUUUGCUUUCCAAGGACGCUGUCGUCAUUGUUGGAUUUCAAAAACAGUGUGAUUUUGUUGGCAUCGGUUAUAUUCGAUUUUGGAAUAACUGCAAUGAUGAUCCGCAAGUCAAUAGACAUGACUGACGAUAACCGAGAGACGACGUUAAAUAGUCAAUUUGAGCGCGCAAAACCAUUGGAUGCUAAUUCUCAACUGUCGAUGGUGCGGCCAACAUUUUACAAUCCACCGAACUAUGACUCGACUACGGCGGUUCUUCCACAUAAUGCCCAUAAUUACUCUGAACCUGACGAAUUUGGCUGGGCAACUUUGGCUGAUGGCAGUUUAUAUCAUACUCUUACUGGUAUCAAAACGGAACGACAUCCUUUCGCGGAGCCUUGA